AACAGCGAAAGAAACGAAAUCCCUCAUAGCCCUGGUGUUUAGUUUGAGUACAUAUUACAUUUAGUCAAGAUGGGCAGCAAUGUGACAACUGAACAGAGGAAUAACUCCGGACAGCAGAGCAGCAAUAUGACAACUGAACAGAGGAAUAACUCCGGACAGCAGAGCAGCAAUAUGACAACUGAACAGGAGAAGUGUUAUGACCCUCAAGACACAACACUUGUAUUUGUAGAAGGAGAUGAUGAUUUAGACUUUGAGUACAAUGACUUCAAGUCUCUCAGAGCAAAGAUGUCCUGUGGUCAUGCUGUCACUCCGAUGUCUCUCACCAACUGGUGUCGCAGGUUGCUGGAAAAGGGUGAGUGCAGAUUUGUGUGUGGCCAAACUAACUGUGAUGCUGAGUGGCCAUAUGAGGAGGUGUGUAAAAUGGCUCUUCUAACCAAAGAAGAAAUGAAGUACUUUGAAAAGAAACUGCUCAGUAAUGCUGCCAAGGAUUACUUGAAUGUCAAAAUAUGUCCUGGCUGCAAGUCUCGUGUGGUGAGAACUGAUCUCCGUGAUCUGAGCGUCAAAUGCACAGUGUGCACAGCUGAGAAAAAGAGGACUUAUAUGUUCUGCUGGCAGUGUUUGAGGGAAUGGAAAGGUCCGGCUCCACGUUCGGACCGCUGUGAAAAUGAUGGCUGCAUCAAUCAGCCACUAGAAACGCUGAGAAACUGUCCAGAUAUCAUAUUUGAGUCUGUGAAGGGGGUCACUGGCUGUCCCUGCAUCCGUGCCUGUCCCACCUGUGGUUUUCUGGUGGAGCAUAACAAAACUCAAUGUAAAACCAUCGUCUGUCCUCGUUGUAAGGUGAAGUUCUGUUUUGUGUGUCUAAAGUUUACUAAAGAGUGCCUGCUGGUAAACGCAUACAGACUUUGCUCCAGUGGUGUAGCACCUAGACAGACCUCUAUACCCGUGUGGCAGAGGAAAUAAUUCUGUUGAUUUAACAUUGUGAUCUCAAGAAAUACAAAUGCACAUUUGUACCUUAUUUUUAUUGUUCUUCAUAAUGCCAAUUAUGUUACUCAGACAGGAACUCAGCCCCAUACCAGCUUUCAAUAACAGUUAGAGCCUGAUGUCUUUUUUGUACUUAUACUAAAAUUUGGAACAAUAUCUCACCACAUGAUUAUAAUGUCCUUUUCUCCACAGUUGAAACAUUUACAGGCAUUUUCUUCUUCAAAAUCAAAAUUGUAGUUAUUAACAUGUCUUAAGACACUUCUAAUAUUUGAAACUCUGUUUAUUCUGUUUUUGUGAGAAUCAUUUUGCUUUAGCUUCUUUAAUGUUAUCUCAUUGUUGCAGUUUUUGUAAUUUUUAUAAUAUCUUUAUUCAAUCUGUUAAUUUCACAUUUCACUGUUUUAUCAUUAUAUAUAUAUAUAUAUAAUCAACUCCAGGCAUUCAGCUGCAUCACAUUGUUGAAAAACUGCAAAAGGAUACAUUAAACUGAAUCUAAUAUAUUAAUUUCA